UUAAGUCCUUUGAAAUCGGGGGCUACAUUUCGGCCUGUUUAAAUGGCAUAUUUAGUCGAAAAAUCUUUACAACAAACGCAAACUAUUCCAAACGACCGAGAAAGGCGUUUGAUAACUGGAUUACAAAGCGCGGCAUCGGCGGUCCGCUCAGCUGCCGAGGCCGACAAAAUAUUGUUCAAGAAAGCGCGCGUUUUCAUGAAGUGUCGCCCCCAGAUCAAGCAAGUACUUUUUAACAUCAGUCAUCAACUUUAUCAGUCGGGAAAUUUGGAGGAAGACGUCAAACAGCUGAAGUGUGAUCAUUAUGAGGGGGCUGUUCCGCCCGCUUCGUUGAUUUGGGGAGAAAGAUUUGAUCAGGAUGUCUUGCAGUCGAGCAAGUCACUCAAUGAAGAUAACUUUUGGACGUUCGUUCAUUCCGUGGCGUGGCGGAAGUUCAGCUCCAUUCGCGUGACACAUGGAGCUCUCCUAGACAGUCUCCUAUACUCAUACUACUCUCUUGUUCAAGAUGGGAAACUCUAUUCUUUCACGACCGAAGUCUUUCAAAAGAAUGACCCAACGGUACAUCAGAGAAUGGCCGACAAGAAGAAUGACGGUGCACCAAUGAAGAUUACUUUUACCUACUACGCUCCAAGUUUGCAGGCUCUAAGUGAGAUUAUAUAUCAUCAUCAAGGUUCAAAGGUCAGCCUAGAAACCUUGGCUCAGCAGAAUGAAAGUCCCGAGAAACAGCCACCCGCUUCUCCCAAUGGCUCUCUUGACUUUGCAUGGUCAGCGGAGCCCAAAGAGAGCAAUGCCAGUAUAAUUCAUGCAACACCGAUCAACCCUCCUAACUCUCCCACACCAUCACGUUCACCAACGGAGAUGAUGCUCAAGAAGCGAAAGGACGAAUCGUUGCUCGGUGGUCUUCGGAAUCCUAUCGUCAAGUACCCAUCAAGCUACUACAGUCUGCCUCUGGUGCUGCGCAACCGGUUCACGCUAGGAUUGAAACAGAAAGGCGAUGAUGGGAUGGCCAUCGAGGGCAAGCACCUGCAAUGCCAUCAGGAGGACAAUGGACAGUAUUCACCUUGUAGCCAGGUGUAUUUCACAAGGGAGUCCAACAGGACACAAGGUUACAAAUCAUCGCUGCAAGCAGUACGUGCCUCCUACUGUCCACAGUCGCAGUCAGUGCGUCUUCCGUCACUAACGCCAUCACCGACAAGGAAAGAUGCAGAGAAGAGCACACCAGAGACACGUAGAAAGAGCUCCUCCCCAUUGCAUAGUUGCCUGGCUACUCCCAAUCAUCGGACAAAGGACAAAGAGAGGAAUAGCCCGGAUCAAGAAAGUCCUACCUCAAUGCGGCCGGACUCCAAACGGACACUAACGUUUUCGCCAAACCUGGAAUACAUCAAUGUUGUACGACGCGUCACACCCGAACCCAUCAGCCCCACCAAACCACAAGGAAAUGCCACUUUCGACACCAGUAAGCUCUACAUCAACUGGAGUCUGGACAAGAUGAGAAGAGAGCGGCGGAUAGGAAAGUACCGUCGGAAGACCGGACCUUCUCAGAAAGCUCUAUUCAAGAAACUCCAGAAGCAGGAGACGGAUAAAGAUUACGUCCUUGGAAAGUUCCUUGCCGACCAUCCACUGAAAGUGACAAGAGCAGAUGGCGAAGGUAACGAUAACUGUCCACUUCAUGUGGAGCAGGAAGACAUCCAAUGUGAGAAGUGUCUGAGACAUGGGUCCCAGGAACCAAGACCUCUCACCAUCAUCACCAACCACAGUAACAUCAGAAAACUGCGGUUCAGUUCCGUAGGAUCGGAGAAGCAAGCCGGUGUUUCCUCGGCCAUUCCGCGACCAUCAGGGUAUGCUGACACUGUCGAAGAGUUCAGGAACGGAUGCUACAGGAGCACCAAGCAAUUCAUCAUCAGGAAGGAACAGGUCACUACGUCCGAGCCAUUUGUCACUGUGACCAGCUUGACCAUCAAUAAAAUCCCAAGGGAAGGUUUCGAGACGUGGCAGUAUGCAACAGCAGAUGCCAUGCUGGAUAAGUGAUGAGGGAGCUUCAUAGCUGAAAUAUACGACUUCUUCAAAUCUCCACUUUACAAUCAAAGUUUUCUUUUACACUUUGGAGAAAAGAUCAACUAUCAGAGGUUCCAAUGCUAUUCUAGGCUAUUUACCCCCUCCCUGUAAGACCUAUUUUGUAAUAAUAUACUUAAGGAAAUCAAUGAUAAUUCAUCAUCAAAAUUCUGAUUAUAACACGAUUUUAAUUAUAGAAUGUGUAAGGCUAAUUUGAAGUCGCAAAGUUAAUAUGAAAUAAGUUUCUUAAAAAAGUAUUACAUAUGACUGGAAAUAGAGGGUUUUGAAUGAUUUCUUUUGCAAUGCAGUACUUUUUACCGAUUUUUAUUGGUUAUAUUUUUUGUCAAAUUGCAGGCCGAUUCAAGGUACUUUAUGUACAUGCACAUAAGAGUGUUAAUAACACAAAUAAAUACCCAUAAAGAAACUGUAAAUUUUUGUUAUCUUCAUUUAUUUGAUAACAUAAGAGCCCAGCAUGAAACAAAAUGUAUCACAAGGAUAGGUGGACCUAGGAGGGUGUUUCACAAAGAUUUAAGUAUGACUUGGAGUCGCACUUAAAUGCUCACAUGUAUAUGAUAUACACGGCAAUCUUAUUGAUUGUGCGUCCUCUUCGCCAUUGGCGGUGGAAGCCAAGAAAUUUAGGGGGUCCAUCUAAUAUUUUGGGAUGGACACAGGUUAAAAAAAAAGGUUAUCAACCAAAAUUUUAUUUUAGGGGGGGGGAACUGGACCAUCUGGCCCCCCCCCCCCUCCGCUGCCUAUGCUUCUGCAUGAUCUGAUCAAUGCGAUCAUGCCUUUUAUGCUGCGCUCAACUAGGCAUUUAAUUGCAAUUCUAAGUCAUACUUAAAUCUUUGUGAAACACCUCCCGGAACCUUUUUUUUACAGAGUUGUGAUUAAUCUGAUCCAUUGCCACAUGUCAUAAUUCUUGUAAUUCUUCUUACAGUCCCAUUCGAAAUGCACAAUUCUUGCAUGAAUAUGUAUCACAUAGAGAAAACACUAGAAUUGAAAUAUCCAUUCUAGAUACGGUAUUAGGAUUGCUGGCUUUUUAUCAGAUCAAUAACUAAUCUUUGUAAGACAGGGUCAGUGGUGGACUGUGACCCGGAGGAAACAAAGCAUUGGAGGGGCACAGCAUUGUUCACAAACAAUACAGUGCCCCUCCAAUGCUUUGUCUCCUCCGGGAUCACGGUCCGCCACUCGACAGGGUCCAGCAAUGUUGGUAACCUCCAUGGAAACUUUAGUACACAUAAUACAACCCUGUUGAAGACACGCAAGGGCAACUGCACAGUAAUCAAGUUAAUUCCAAAGUCUCCUAUAUGCUCAUGUAGGUUUUUGAUGACACAAAGCUUUCAGAUCUGGAUCCUUUUCUUGAGUUUGAUUGGCUGAGCAGCACAGGUAUCUGAUUUUUACCAUGGAAAUCAUCAGAUAAAACAGACCUUGCUGUAUAAAAUAUCUGACAAGUCUUUUCAUGAAACACCC